UGGGAGCCAAGAAAAAGUGUAUGGUUGUAUGUCGGUUUGAUUAGUACAAAGUGUUUUUAUGUAGGAAUAUAUCAUUUUCUUCUGGAACCGAAAAUCAAGACGCUUAAGACUAUAGAUUAGUCCAUGUACAUAACCGGUACGAGGACAUAUUUGUGGUCUUUGUGGUUGCUCUCGUGAGGCUCGUGAGCCUCGUGGGAGAUGAGACGGAUCAGACGCGUGGGAGUGAUCCGUGCUGGGUGGAAUGGAAUGUUUUGAAAAUGCAUAACCGCGACUGUAAAAGAUAAGCUUUGGCGAAUUAUUGUAUAUCUGUGUGAUGAUUAAGAAAUAAAAUGUGAUUAUGUUACUACUACAAUGAGAAUUUUACAUCUCAAAACUUGUUUCUCUGUUGUUCGAACCUAACCUGUUGCAAUUAUGAAGAUUGAAGUUCAUCAUUUAACAAGGAAUCCCACGGCAGCAUGGAAUGACCUAUCAAAAAUUCAGAAAGUAAUAAAGGUGCAAGUUAGUCCACCAAAGUCAAGUGUAGCAGAUGAUAAGGUACGAAUUGUAUGUAUGAGCGAUACACAUUCAAUGACACCUCAUAUUAAAUUUGAUAUACCACAAGGAGAUAUAUUCAUACAUGCCGGUGAUUUCACGAGGUGUGGACAACAGGAAGAGGUUAUCGAAUUCAGUGAAUGGAUUGGAAAAUUACCACACAAACAUAAGAUUGUGAUUGCAGGAAAUCAUGAAUUGAGUUUUGAUAAAACUUUCACUAAUCCUCUAAGACAGAGCCCAAAUGAUCGUUCCACUCAUACUGGUCCCAGCCUUGUUGACCAAAUACCAACUCUGGGUAUUCCAAAAGAUAAAAUUACGGAAGCUGUUCAAACACCCAAUGUCAAGGAUUAUCUCACCAACUGCAUAUACUUGGAAGACAGUGAAGUUAUGUUAUAUGGGCUCAAAAUUUAUGGUACUCCAUGGCAACCAGAAUUCUGUAAGUGGGCUUUUAAUGUCCCAAGAGGUGAAGAAUGCUUGCAGAAGUGGGACAAAAUUCCUGAUGACACAGACAUACUGGUGACACAUACACCACCUGUAGGACAUGGGGAUCUCUGUUGUACAGGUGUCCGAGCAGGUUGCGUUGAACUUCUGACAACUGUCCAGCAACGAGUUAAACCAAAGUAUCAUGUUUUUGGACAUAUCCAUGAGGGAUAUGGAGUAUCUUCUGAUGGAAAAAUUAUCUACAUAAAUGCAUCAACUUGUGACAUUAAUUACCUUCCAACAAACACCCCUGUGGUUUUCGAUGUCACUUUGCCACCGGGUAUUAAAAAACAAUAAACAAGGAGCCACAAGAACUGGGACAAGUUGUUCAAGUCCUUGUAUAAGAUGUGAUGAUGAAUUGCAGUAUUAUUGUGGAUUAUAGUUUGUUCUCGAGUUUUGUAUUAAAUUCUUAUAUUUAUUUAUUUUUAUUUACUUAUGUAAGACUGGUUAAUGUUAAUAAAAAGAUCUGCUAAGGAGAUUAA